GUGCGAAGUGGCGGGUGUAUUUGCUUCUUUCCACUUGUUAAGGAGCUUUGAUUCUUUGAAUGGUUUACGCGAGUCCCUUAAAACGACGCCGUCCGAUUCACAACGCGGCAACCCUUCUCUUCCUGCGUCAAUUUUCUUUUUCUUUGUUUGCGAAGCUCUUCCUGCGUCACCGGAGUCGCCCGUACUUGGCCGUUGGCCGUCCCCCUCUCUCUCUCUCUCUAAAACAUGCGCACACAUUCCCACACAGGCGCAUUCAAAACCCUAAUUUCUGUAUCUUGAACGUUUCUGAAAUCUCUGGCACUUGCUCGUCGGAAUCGAAUUGUGCAUGCCGUUCAUUCACACUUCGCAGUUUUUGCAGAAGUCAGUUUUAUGAUGGAAGCUGAAAACCCUAGAAGCGAAGAAUCAACUGCAUCAUUGCUGGCACACAAUGACAGUUCAAGAAAUGAUGGGCUCAUCCCGCAGAUUUUUACCUCGGUUCCAGCUCUGAAUGAAGCUGCUUCUUAUCUUGCAGAAACCACUUCAUAUAUUACCCGUUGUUUCUCUGAAUUUCCUGAACCUUCAUCUUCAGAUUAUAGUGAGAAUGCACAGGAAUUGGUGACAAUUUCCUCUGGACAGAGUAGAGGGUCUUGGCCUAGUGAUAAUCUGUCUUCAGAUGGAAGUCAUUCUGCAUUUUCUGAAUCAUUGAAUGUUGCAACUGCUGCUCCAGCCGUACAUGAUGGAAUAAGUAGGAGCUUAUCUCGGGAUUCAUCUUCAAAUUCUAGUGGGCCCAUGGAAUCAGCUCUUACCUUCCAAAAUGGAAUUUCCAUGUUUCAAGGACUUAUUGAGCGGGCUCGGAGAACUGUUCGUGGAUCUGCAGAAGAUAUCGGAUGGCUACAGCAUUCUCCAGGAAUGCCUCCAGUUGAACAUGGAACCCAAAGAUUCACGGAACUUCUUGAUAACAUCAGGCAUGGCGUGCACAAGUUGCCAGACUCAGUGGUUUAUUUGUUGGUCCCAGGUCUUUUUAGCAAUCAUGGACCACUUUAUUUUGUUAGUACAAAAUUGAGUUUUUCAAAGAUGGGUCUGACCUGUCAUAUUGCCAAGAUUCACAGUGAGGCUUCAGUUGAGAAAAAUGCCAGGGAGAUCAAGGACUACAUCGAGGAAAUAUAUUGGGGUUCCAAUAAACGCAUCUUGCUUCUUGGACAUAGCAAAGGGGGAGUAGAUGCAGCAGCUGCUUUAUCAAUGUAUUGGCCAGAUUUGAAAGAUAAGGUUGCUGGGUUGGCAUUGGUGCAGAGUCCAUAUGGUGGGAGCCCAAUUGCUUCAGAUAUCUUGCGUGAAGGACAACUGGGUGAUUAUGUGAACUUACGCAAGCUCAUGGAGAUUCUGAUCUGUAAAGUGAUUAAGGGUGAGUUGCAAGCUCUGGAAGACUUGACUUAUGAGAAGAGGAAGGAGUUCUUGAGGAAACACUCUCUGCCAAGAGAGCUCCCUGUUGUUUCAUUCCACACUGAAGCUAGCAUUACUCCUGCAGUUCUAGCUACAUUAUCUCAUGUUGCACAUGCCGAGUUACCCAUGGUUGCUCCUCUGUCAUCAGGCGAACCCACAAAGUUCCCAGUGGUAAUUCCCCUCAGUGCAGUGAUGGCUGCCUGCGCCCAGCUGCUUCAAGUCAGGUACGGAGAGAAGAGCGAUGGGCUCGUCACAUGCCGUGAUGCAGAAGUCCCUGGAUCUGUUGUGGUGCGGCCACAGCGCAAGUUAGACCAUGCGUGGAUGGUUUAUUCAACAUUGAAUGAUGACCCUUCUGAAGAGAAUGCUUCUCAGGUGUGUGAAGCUCUUCUGACGCUGCUUGUGGAAGUUGGACAUAAAAAAAGACAUGAACUUGCCAUGAAAGAUGAAUGAGGCCAAUGCUAUUACUUAUUAGCAUUGAUAUUAAUAUCACAGCAUUUUUGCAAUAUCUUCUAAUUUUCUGUCUUUAAUUCAUUUGUUUUUUCUGUGCUUAAUUCAUUUGUUUUUUCUUGCAUAUAAACUCUGCACUCAUGUGAAUUCAUCUCUGUUGAAUUCUGUUAUUUCUUUACUUGACAGUAAAAUUUUCUUCUUUCAAA